CUCCCCGCCUCCUUCACGCUGUCAGCAACCUCUCUUUCUCCCUCUCCAUUGCUUUGAACCAUAUAUUCCCUCCUUUUUAUCGUUCCCUCAAUAAGAAAUCUAUCGAGUAUGUUGGAAGCACUCAAUAAACUUCUUCAUAACCUCCAAGUCGGUCCCCACGAACGACAGGUCAAAGAAUACCUUGACAAAGCCACCAAAGAUUCCAUUCAAAAGGAUCUUCAGAAUGCACUAAAGCACUUAAACCUUCAUUCAUCCUUGGAUGCCUUCGACACUUCAUCCAUCGAGGACAAAAAUCAACAACGAUGCGAGCCUAGUAGCUCACAUUGCCAGGAAUCAUCCUGAUUUCAGCUUCUCCAGCGAAGGGAUUGACUUGCUUUGGCGAUGUUUGUACUACUAUGCCUAUCAUCCGUUCCCACGGAACGAGACCACCGAGGAGAGGAUAGACUGCAACGCAUUCAACCGCACCCUGGCACUCCUCGUUCACGAUGGUACCAAGCUUCUUGGUACGCAAGACAAUGGAGCUUAUCUGUGGCGCUCCCACGAGGAUCCAAAGUUCAUUCCUCAAGCCAACUUUGCCCGCGUCCUCCGGAGCAUUGGCCGUCCCGAUACCUCCUCCCCAACCUCCCCGGGGCGCCACGAUUCACCAUCCGUGCUAAGCGAUGUCAUGGACGUCCUCGCGACAACACAGCCAUGCUCUAUAUCCCAGGCCCCCUCGGUUGACCAGCUAGACACCACCGCACGUAAGCUGUUAAGCCAGGAACCUCCUACUCCCACACGGUAUCGUGUCAGUCGCCAGGAGGUCUUACUUCUCGCCACCCUAGUACUCCGAUUGAGGACUUCGAAGGCCAAGUGGGACCAGACCCGGCAGUUUGGCUCUCUCGCCCCGUUUGAGCCCGCUGACGAAGUGCUGGCGACUGGUAUCCUCCAAAGGAUUAUGCCAGAGGACAAGGAGCACGACGCGGAUGAGCUCGCCAGCACUCUAUUCGAACACUUGCCACAUCUCCUGCUUCACUUCCACCAGCUGUGGGCCGUGCUCUUCCAGCCUUCACGGCCCAACACCAACAAUGUCUCAGUAGCCGACGCGACAGAAAAUUCCAUCCCAGCGCGUGUCUUGUCGGCCCUGUCGCUCUUCCUUCCUAUGGGGUCCAGCACGACCACCACGCCGCGAUCCUCGUCCAACCCAAGACGCGUGAGGUUCGAGAAGAUUGACUUGCCAGCUGAUUCAGCUCCGACCUACACGGAUCUAGUCAACGCAUUGCAGACCGGCGACAACCCGCACAUCAUUCUAGCCACGAACGCAGACCGCUCCCAAGUUAUUGGGGCCUUGAUCCCCUCUCCACUCUGGAGCACAGGCGCAGACGGCCGCAAGCGGGACUGCAAGGUCGGAAACACCCAUCUUCUCUUCCAGCUGGGUGAGGAGUUCCGGGUCCUGCGAUGGAUGAACAAGCCACACACACUGCUGAAGACUUUGAUCGGAAUGAAUGGAGAGGAGCAAUCGGAUGCGCAGAAGGAACCUUGGACGGGACCAUUUUAUGUUGGGGAUAUGUCAAAAUCCAGUGCUGCGAGACUCGAGUUUGAUCCCGAGGAAAAAGUUGUAUCCUUGCGCGGAUCGACGGGAAUUGCUGAUGGGUCGUCUGAUGCAGCGGGCUAUCGGGAUGUGCUCGGGUCCCCUAAGGGGCCAGCAGCGCGGAGGGACUGGGAGGUGGUGAUCAACGCGAGUCGAGUCUACGUGUAUUCGGUCUUGGCUUAGGAAUCUCUGUACUGUGUUGCGGUUAGGAAGGUGAUCUACGGUCAGAUUGUGUUUAUGCAGCUGUCUUUGAGUUCAUUAGUGCGACCGAUAGGAUAUUUUAGCUUAAAGUUAGUUUUCACUAGGUAGGGUUC